GCCGUAAAGCAAGAUGGCCGCUCUCUCUUACGACACUACUGCGAGCACUUCCCUAGUCGGGAGGGGACUAUAGGUCUCCAUCACCCGCUGUAGUUUUCCUAGGAAUCUAUUAUUCAUGCAUUCAUUUCACUUAGACUUGGUGAGGGUGAACUGGAAGCUAGGAAAGGCAACGUUGGACAUAGAGCGGCGCCAUCUUGUACGGACGCUGAAGCCCAGCCCUCCGGGCGUUGAGCCUGCACAGGGCAAUGCUUGUCAGUGAGGAAGGGAGGGAUAGCGUGGUUACGUGAUGGCGUAUUUCCGUUUCCUCGCCGCCGGGGCGUUUUUGGUUGGACAGUCUUGUUGCGGGGAGGGAGGGGGAAGAUUGUUUGCUCCCUAGACGCUCCCCGCACAACAAGGUAAACUGAGCUCCCCAGAGGCUCAUCUCUUAGCCUCUGCUCGGACUUAGCCUUCUCUCCAUCUGCCACCACAGCCUGGAGGCGCUUGCCUCCACCCUCCCGAAUGGUGCUCCUCUUCGCAGGCCUCGGCCCAGGAUCCAGGCCCCCUUUGCUCCUUGAUUUGGGGCUGUUGUUGCUGGGGUCUCUUGGUGGACUCCCUGUGGUGGGGUGUGAAGAACGUUUGCACAGACGAGGCUUUGGUUAUAGGGACCUCACCAACACUUUGACUCUCAGCCUCUAACCGAGCGUGAGGCUCCUCCUGUGCCCACUGUUUUUCUGCCUUUGAGAAGAGAAACCCUUCUCUUUGACAUCCAAAGCCCAGGAAGCCUCAAGCUGGGGCCCUGGUCCCAGCAUGUCAGCCCUCUCCUGUGCAUAGGGCUCUGCCCUCUUCCAGCCAGCAUGGCUGAUUUCAAAAAGGCUCCAGGGGGCCGAGAGACGCCACAGGGGGAACUGCGGCCCGAGAUGGUAGAGGAUGAAGUCCCUAGGAGCCCCGUCGCAGAGGAGCCUGGAGGAGGCGGGAGCAACAGCAGUGAGACCAAAUUGUCCCCUAGAGAGGAGGAAGAACUGGACCCUAGGAUACAGGAGGAGCUGGAGCAUCUGAACCAGGCUAGUGAGGAGAUCAACCAGGUGGAGCUACAGCUAGACGAGGCCAGGACCACUUACCGGAGGAUCCUGCAGGAGUCUGCAAGAAAGCUUAACACCCAGGGCUCCCACUUGGGGAGCUGUAUUGAGAAGGCCCGGCCCUACUAUGAGGCACGACGGCUGGCGAAGGAGGCCCAGCAGGAGACACAGAAGGCAGCAUUGCGCUAUGAGCGGGCUGUGAGCAUGCACAAUGCUGCCCGGGAGAUGGUCUUUGUGGCUGAGCAGGGGGUCAUGGCUGACAAAAACCGACUGGACCCUACAUGGCAGGAGAUGCUCAACCAUGCUACCUGUAAGGUAAACGAGGCAGAGGAAGAGCGUCUUCGAGGUGAACGGGAACAUCAGCGUGUGACUCGGCUUUGCCAGCAGGCUGAGGCUCGGGUCCAGGCCCUGCAGAAGACCCUCCGACGGGCCAUUGGCAAGAGCCGCCCCUACUUUGAACUCAAGGCCCAGUUCAGCCAAAUCCUGGAGGAGCACAAGGCCAAGGUGACAGAGCUGGAGCAGCAGGUGGCACAGGCCAAGACCCGCUACUCGGUGGCCCUGCGUAACCUGGAGCAGAUCAGCGAGCAGAUUCACGCCCGGCGCCGGGGCUUGCCUCCUCACCCCCUGGGCCCACGGCGAUCCUCCCCUGUGGGGGCCGAAGCUGGGCUUGAGAGCAUUGAGGAUGGGGACAGCGGGAUUGAAGGGGCAGAGGGCGGGGGCCUGGAGGAGGGCAGCAGCCUUGGGCCUGGGCCAGGCCCAGAUACAGACACGCUGAGCCUGUUAAGCCUGCGCACCGUGGCCUCUGACCUGCAGAAGUGUGACUCAGUGGAGCACCUGCGUGGCCUCUCAGACCAUGCCAGUCUAGAUGGCCAAGAGCUGGGACCCCAGAGCCGGGGACGCCGGGGGAGUGAUGGUGGAGUCCGGGGGGGCCGGCACCAGCGCAGCGUCAGCCUGUAGCUUUGUGGCCAGGGUGCUGCCUUGACUUCUACUCUGGGCAAUUGGGGCCCCCACAGGCCUUCUUCUCCUUGAGUCCUGUCUGCCCCAGAUCUGGUCUGCAGCCUUCCCUGGGCGAGGUCAGCCGUGUCUCAGUCCUGUCUCCCUAGCUUUCUCACUGUUCCUUCUCUCAGGAGGCCGCUCUCUCUUUGCCUUACCCAGAAGGCUUGCGCUCUGGCCCGGCUCCUCUUCCCUCCUGGCACCUGAGUCUCUGUGAUCUCCUCUUCUGACCCGACUUCUAUCUGUCCGGCUUUUCCCCUCAGGGAACUUGGUCUAGAAGACACAGGAAGGUCACGGGAGCACACAUGUCCUAGCCCAAGUGGUUGGACAGGCCCUCACCUGUUGGUUCUUGGCACUGUCUGCCCAGAAGGCAGCUCCCCAGGGUGCCCUAGAUAUGCUGCUGAGUCCCGGCAGCCUGUGCUCUUGUCUUUCUGUCCUAGCCUGCCUGUGAGCAACGUGUGAAUGUCCACGUGCCUCUGGAAGACACCACCUUCUGUCAAUGCACUUCUUGUGACCUUAGCUGCUAUGCUGUGUGUCUGUAAUUCAGUGUUGGGUCAGAGCCAAACCCUGUUAUCAACGCCGCGAUUAGGACCAACUCCAAAUGGCCCCUGUCUGUGUGGUUUGUCUCCAGUUGGGCUGGGCCCUUCUCAUUGCCAAGGUGCUAGUAGGCCCCUGAUGGGGUCUAUGCUGGAGGGUAGAGAUGUGAGAUUCUCAAGGCUGAGACCUUGCCAUCCCCACCCGCUCCCUCAUGUGUGGCUCUGGGCUUGCUUUUUCUCGUUGGAGGUUGAACUGGAGCUUGGCACCCUCCUACAGGGUGGCAUCAGGGAAUUUGGUGCUCAAUCGCUCUCUAUCGCUCUUCCUCACACCAGACAGUACCUACUCCAGGAACCUUUGGGGAGCGCUUUAAGCGUGGCUGCGGAGCCUCCCUUCUUGUGUCUGAGGAGCUGACCUGAAUUGAGGGGUCCCAGCCUCAAAGAGCAGCUCUGGGUGCUGGUGCUCCUGGGUUGUGUGAGGGGAAACCACACCAGAUCUGGGUGCCUUGAAGAGCUGACCUCCUGCCCCACCAGGAGGAUGGGGAGAGUGCUUGCCCAGGGCUGGGAGAAGAGCGCCCAUGUCUGGAAUGGGCUCUCCCAGGUUUCAGGUUUGAGGAUGGUCACAAUGAGAACCUGUGGGGUUUGAGGUGGCUGUUGAGGAAGAGCAGAAAUGAGGACGUGAGUGUGCGAGUGCAUGUGCUGGUGUGUGUGGGAAAGGGUCGGUCCUGGUUUUAUUUAAAUAAAAUAGUUUAUGUAA